AUGGAGAAUAUAACAGGUGUACUCCAUAGUGCAAUUCAUACCUGUCUAUCCCAACUGGAAGGUAUUCACUACAAAGGGAAGAGGAGACUAGGACUAACCAGUAGUGUAUGGGAUUGCUUGGAAAGACUGAGGCUACUUCAUCAUUAUAGUUCUACUACUUUGCACAAAGGAUUCAUAGAAUAUCAAAGACCUGAUGUAUUCGAGAAUAGCUACAGGAAUGGAACAUAUGAUCCCUACUUAUCCCCCAAUACAGUUGAACUAGAUAAAUUGAUACACGGACCAUGUGUAAGAAUAAGGGUUGGUGGUGGUAAAUAUACAACAGACAUUGAUCUUGGGUUCUGUUUAGAAAAUCAACAGACAAAGUAUGGUAGAUAUAUAGUCCUGCCAUAUAACCCAAGAUCAACAAUUCUUGCAUCAUUGACUCUAUCUGUCUAUAACAGUAAACAUGAACUAGACAAACAUCACAAUAAGCUGCUGAUGUUAUUGAAACUCCUUAUUAUGGAAUGUCAUCUAAUCCCUCUCAGCUCCUCUCACAGCUCACAUGCACUGAAGACCCUGGUGCUACAUCACCAGGCAGCAUGUAGAUCAAGUGAGAGAUCAUUGGGAGGUUGCCUGUGUAAUGCAGCUCAUCAUGUAUUUGAACUUUAUGAGAUGAAGGAGGAGGAUGGACACCUGUGGAUAUAUAACAGUGAGAAGGAACUUGAAGAUGUUGAUUUCCCAGGUGUUGAUGUACAACCAAGAAUAGGAUCAGGACGAUUCAGGAGAGCAGAUACCGCCCUACAGAAAGUGAUUCAGGGGCAAGAUGAACAGCAACUUAGAGUUGUCAAAAACAAAUAUUUAAUGGCAUAUGGUAAGUGCAAGAUGAACAACAACUCAGAGUUGUCAAGAACAAACAUUGGAUGGCAUAUGGCAAGUGCAAGAUGA